AUGAGUACAGAGGAAUCAUCGAUUUUUCAAAAGAUAUGCUGUUGCUACAACAGAGGAACUAAAGAACCUCCAGUAGAGUUAAUAAGAACUCAAUCCAUAGCUGGACCAACCACUCAAAUUGCCAAAGAGACUGUUGAUGGUUUUGAAGAAGUUAAUUUAGAGCAGAGAGCGUCCCUAGAAGCAGCCAAUGAAACUGCUGUUGUUGCAAAUAAGCCAAUUGAAGAUGACUUUGUUUUAAAUGAUAUUAUGAUGGACGAAAUUUGUGGGGAUACCAUUAAGGAAGAGAGAGCUGAACCAAUAGUUGAGGAUGAAGUAUCAAUUCAUACAAAUGUUAUUGAAGAAGUUGAUGAAAAAGAUUUGGUCAUGAUCAAACAACAAUCUUUGAAAUCAGAAUGGAAUGAAACUCCUCAGUUAUCUGAGGAUUUGACAGAUCAAGAAAAUAUGACUGAUCGUUCAAAUGAAGAGAAGGUAUCCAUCAAUCAAGUUAUUAAGGAGGGUUAUGAAUCACCAGGACGACCAGAUCAGAAUGUAUCUUCAUCAUCCUCAACUAACGGAGAAAUUUCUGUCGAGAAAGAAAUCAGUUUCGUCGACUCGGAUGCUAAUGUUGAAGCACAUAACGAACCAAAGAGCUCAGAAAACAAAAUUUCUCACAUCGGUGGAGAGCAACUGAACUUGAAAGAGAGUUUGAUGGAUGAUGAUAGUGAAGUAGAAGGAAUUGUUGAAAGUGUCAGAUCACAUUCAGCAGCUGACAUAGCUGCCUUACUCAGUGCCCGAAAAGACGAUGAUGAUGGUGAUGACAGCGACGACGAUGAGAUUUUAAUCGAAGAAGUUCCUGGUAUGAUCUGGGAACCUGAAAAUGUCAAAACUCAGUCUCAUAUUACAGAUAAAAUAACACCAUCGUUAGUCGUUCCAAAAUCAGUCAUGUAUGCUGAGUUAUCGGAUGAUGAUGAAGAAGAAAUCAGCCAUCCAGAGAUUUUAAGGCCUCCGAGCAGAUCAAAACAUCAUACAUUCCAUCAAAAGCCUGUUACUGAAGAAAAUAACUUAGAAGAUGAUGUAUCUGAAUCAGAAGGUGAAGUAGUUGAAGAUGUUCCAAUUCCUUCACCACGAAGGCAUGUGACCAGUCGUGCCGAAGAUUCAAAAAUGUCUGAUACGGAUUCAGACGAUGAGAACGAAGAUGGUACUGUCGAAGAGGAUAAAGAAAUGACGGUGCCAAUUCGAUUAAGUGAAAUCUCACCAGGACAUGAGAAAGAGAAUGAAGGUGUUACAAGACUCUCCGUGAAAAGUGAUGGAAAAGCAACAAUCACAAAUGGAUCAGUAAGACUUGCAUUGGAUAUUCGUGAUGUCACAGAUGAUGAAUUCUCUGAACAACUCAUUUGA